AUGGCAGAAGAAGCUCCAGCAGCUCCAGCCGCCGCUCCGGCUAAAGCGGCCAAGAAGAAGAGCUCCAAGCCCAAGAAGAGCGGACCCAGCGUGGGCGAGCUCAUCCUCAAAACUGUGGCCGCAUCCAAGGAGCGGAGCGGGGUGUCCCUGGCUGCUCUCAAGAAGGCUCUCGCUGCCGGAGGUUACGAUGUGGACAAGAACAAGGCCCGCGUCAAGACCGCCGUCAAGAGCCUGGUGGCCAAGGGGACCCUCACUCAGGUCAAGGGGGCCGGGGCCUCUGGUUCCUUCAAAAUGAGCAAGAAGGCAGCGGAGCAGAAGACCAAGAAGCCGGCAAAGAAAGCCCCCGCUAAAGCCAAGAAGCCCGCAGCAAAGAAACCCGCAGCAGCCAAGAAGCCCAAGAAAGCAGCAGCUAAGAAGCCAGCAGCUGCUGCUAAGAAGUCUCCCAAGAAGGCCACCAAACCUAAAGCAGCGGCCAAGAAAGCAGCCAAGAGCCCAAAGAAGGCCACCAAGAGCCCCAAGAAGGCAGCACCCAAGAAGGCCCCCAAAGCCAAGAAAGCUCCAGCAAAGAAGGCCGCAAAGCCCAAAGCCAAGAAGGCAGCACCCAAGAAGAAGUGAGCUGUUCUUCUUGUCAUCUACACGUCCUCAACAAAGGCUCUUUUAAGAGCCACACACAACAGUAAAGAGAAUAAUGCAUCCUUUAAU